GGUGUUUCACUGGGGCGCCAGCUGGAACAGCUGUAGGUAAGUAGGUAGGUGGCCGUCAGCAGAAAGUCGCUUGAGUCGACAGCUGCUAGUCGUCAGUAGAGAAGUCAGUCGGUAUCAAUCGCGAAUCGGAGUUAGUUGUGCGCGCUGCGAGAAAGAUCGUCGAGACGAGACUCUUACUCCAACCACUUGAUCACUCACUCAUUCACUUGUUUAACUACCGCUAAGCGUUUCCACGCAGACACUGUACUCCCAACCACAUUACACACCACUCAAUAGUCUGACGCUUCUGUCAGACCACUGGCGAAAAGUCGAACAAACGUGCAAUUUGUUUCGAAUUGUGGCGCGCAAGCCGGAUUCCACCGGUCAGCGGACAUUCUCACAGUGAAUUUUAUGUUUCAACAAAACAAAAAGCACCGGCCACACAAUUAUUUCGCAUACAAUAAUUAAAAUCGGCUUUUGUUGCCACGCGCAUCGGUGACUCGAGAAUCAACACGCUUGUGUUUGUGAAAUACUACCUCAAUACGAUUACGAUAAAAAGCGAGGAUCACUCAGUCCCAGAACAAAUUAACCGUAAGCACACCACGUUACGGUUUUCAUACGGCGGCAUUGGCAAACGAAAACAUUUGUGAAUAAAACUAAAUGCAAAUCGAUCGUCGUGUAAAACACUUGAAAAUAAUAAAUCUCAUUAAUUCAUCAAAAUAUUUGCCUGCACACCGUAGCUCGAGUAAUUAGUGAAACGUGGUGUAAUGCACACAAACUGUUUCGCUUAAUAUGUGCAUUAGAGUCGCUGGGGACAACAGAUUGGCGCAUUGCUUCGCAUUUCGCAUUUUCCAAUGAAACAGUGUAUUCCCAUGAAGAAUUGUAAUUUGCAGCACGUCAACGGCGUUGAGUUCUCUGACGUACACAUACAUAAUAGCUAACGUUCGUGUCCCGUAGUGCGGUAUUCGUCAUAACACGUCCGGAACAACCGUUAAUUGUUAAAGUGCAAGUCGUUUACCUUUCAGUAUCAAAAGCGCACGAAACAAACAUACAACAAACUGUGUAAAGUACAAUUGUUAUUGGGUUUUUAUAAAGCAACAACAACAAUAAACUAACUUUUGUGGUAAAGGUUUGAGGAUUUUACCAAAAGACAUAAACUACACACAAAAUAAACAAUAAAAAUACAAGUGUAUAUACUUAUAUAUUAAGUGCAUACUAACACACAUGCGCAUAUUUACAAAGUCAACACAAGAAGAUCAGCUGCGAAAGUUUUGCUCGCGUUGUCUGGUGUGAAGAAGUAAAAGGCGAUCGUGACUCAGACUUCCCAACGUUGAUUGGUGGACAGAUCGCACAUUUCCGCUUGCCAUACAAAAGAAUAGAAACCACAAAAUAACAUAAAAAUGGAUUAUAUUGUAAAAGCAUACAAAGAUUGGAAACUCCACUCUCAGUUCCAUGAGAUCGUACCCGAUAUGGAUGAUGCUGAUUACAUGAUGUUUAACGAGAAGCAAUCCAUUCGCGAAUCUGCGCGUUCACUCAAAAAAUAUGGUAGCACCUGCUAUAAUCAUAACAUAAGGAACAACGAGACGUUGAUACGACAUGACGUGGAGAAGACAGAUACACUCCAGGGCAUUGCGCUAAGAUAUGGAUGUUCGACGGAACAGAUACGGCGCGCUAAUCGGCUGUUCGCCUCAGACAGUCUGUUCUUGCGUCAGUUUUUGCUAAUCCCAGUGGAUAAAUCGUCGCCGUACUAUCCCAAAGCGGAUGAAAAUAAUCCAUUAGAACUUAGUUCCAACAACACUGUGCUGCAAAAUAAUAUAAAUUCGCAAAAUAUUGUAAAUUCUGUAAAUGCAACAAAUGCGAGUAACCCAACCGCUGAUCCACUUGGAGUAUUCGCAGCACCAACCAGUUGUCUUGACUCAGCAAAUAAUCCACGUCCAUCCACGCUGCCAACUCGUCCAUACUCAAUCGCCGGUGAAUUAUUAGUGCAAAACAGCGACGAUGAUGUCACGUUAAACAGUCACAGCAGCAGCAGUAAUAAGCAGAGCAAAUCGCUUGACUCUGUGGUGGCUAUGACGCCGGAGGAGGAAAAUCGUAAAUCCAUAAACGAGUUUUUGAGCAAAAUCGAUUCAACUAUCUCGGAGUCGAGAAAAUAUGUUGAGAAAUCCAAAGAAAUGAUUACUAGCCAGAGUGACAACGAUCUGUUUGUUACCACCGAUUUUGUACAGCACAGGCGUAACAAUCACUUGAAUAAUUCUUACAAAACGAAUCGGCAAAAUCAAUCAAACCACCAACGGCACAGUUCUUCAGGCAGCACAUCGGACACAGCGCAGCUAUUGAAUACCACGCAAACACGACACGUGCAAAAGUCACUGAAGCGACUAGAAAAACAGCAGGAUGAUUUCUUCGAAUUGUAGCACACACACAAGAAACACAUCACUUCUCUGCGAUCCUCUGAAUGCCCAUUAUAGAAAUUUUAAUAUUAGUUUUAAUGAAAUUUAAAAUAUACUAUAUUAUAUAGAUAUCGUGAAUAAUUAUGGCAGCAAAAUUAAACAUAGAAAUGUAUCCUUAUUACUAAGAGUAAAACGCAAAUAUUUUAUACUAUAUACACAUACAAAUGUAGGAUGGAAAUUUGUUUGAAAGUUGGAAAUUAUGCUGAAAAUAUUAUAUUAUUUAACAAAAAUGACAUAAAGCAACCUCAAGUAUAGGCCAAUGUGCAAAAUGUAAAAUUUUAAAAUAGUUUGCUGACAAUUUUAAACUAUUUUUGCACUAUAAACUACGUUCUUAUUUGAAUACAAAUGUGAAUGAAGAAUCAAACUUUUUCGCAUUUACACACACCUACACACACACACUCAACUGAUGUUACUUAAUGCACUUGAAUGCCAACACAGCCACGGGCAGUUAAACAGAAACUCUGUGAAAUUAUGAUAAAUAGUAAAUAUAUAUAUAAAUAAUAUAAAAUUUUAAUUUUAUUAAGGUGUAAACAUUUGUACUGCAUGAAGAUUUGAAUAGCUAACGCUACGUAUAUUAAAUAAGUUGAACUGUUUAAAGUGCGAAUACUAUAUAUGUAGAUAUGUAUUUGUGCAUGCAAUCUACUGAUCUACUGACAUAUAUAUGUAUAUAAAAUAUUUAUGAAUUACAUAUUUUCAUUUCGUAUUUGGUAUUUAUAAUUAUAUUUGGUUAACAUAUACACAUAUUUUUGUUUAAAAAUCUUACGGCUUUAAUUUCGAUUGGAGCUUUGACGUUUUUCUAUUCAUUUUUUCCGAUCAGUUAUAAUACUGAGCGUAUGAGUAUUAUAAUAAUAUGAAAUUUUAUUUGAAAACAAUUAAUUAAUGGUCUUUUAUUUUUUAUUUUGCUAAGCAAAGUGCUGCAAUACAAAAUUGUCAAAGUCUUCAAAUGGUUCAGUAACCGGAAUAUGAGAAGAAAUAUAUUUGUUAGUGGUUGACCUCGACGACAUUUCUUUAAUCAUUACACACAUUCAAGUUGUGUACUUAAUUGGGCAUAUUGCACAUGUGUUUCUACAUUUGUUGUAUUUGCCAUACCUUUUGUUAAGGGGCACACUUGAAAAAAAUAUUUUGUUUACCUUUGAAUUACUAGUGAAUUUAAAAUACUGUUUUAGUUAUAGGCAUCAAAAGCGUAGCCCACAGGAACACAUUUUUCCACAUGUUCUGUAUUUAGUUCUCCUUAUAAUGGGUCAACAAUUUUUGAUCUCCUCAAAAUUCUUCUUUUGUCAAUUUUUAAUUUUUGUUCGUUUGUUUAUUUUACCGUUUCACCCAUUUAUUCUUAAAAUAUAAAGCUACUUAAAAUUGUAACACAAUUGUUAAAGUAAUUUAUUUUUAAUUUGUAAAAAUUGCGAUUAAGAUUUCUAUUUAUUUUGAAAUUAUAAAAAUUACUUUAUUUUGCUUUGUUAUAGCCGUGAUAUGUUACUUCGAGGUUAUAAUUUUGAAUAUUGUGAAAUCUACAAAUGUACCUUAAAUCCUUCGACGUCUACAAAAAAAUGCAAAAUUUUUAAUUUGUAUGAAGCAUACUUUUGGAAAGAAUUUAUAGUUCAACUGUGAACAUAAUAAUUCUUUAUAUGGAAAUAAAAUAGUAUUUGAAUGGGAAUUGUCAUAUUUUGAAGAAUUAUAGCGCGAAAAAAAAUCAGGUUUAUUAAAAAAUACUUAAACUUACAUAUGUAUGUGUGCGUACAUAUAUUUACUUGUAUUAUUCUACUAUCAUCCGUUUGUAUGAUCUCUAUUUGAGGUUAAGUUGAAAUGUUUAUAAUGCUUUAGGAUCUUCUAAUGCUACACGAUAUGGCUUGCAUGGUUCCUUGACUUGUACCUUGAUUGUGUAAAAUGAUUUGAAAUUCAUGUUUGUAGAUAGAAAACAGAUUUAACAACUCGCUAUUAUUACCAGCGCAGCUUAUGGCAGUUUACUAACAAAGUAAGAUGCAAUACCUGCAUAAUAAUAAACAUAAAUAAAAUAA